AUGGACAAAGAGUGGUGGGCUGAAAGGGGAAAGGGAAAUUCGGUUGCUAAACGAUUUCGUAAAAAAGCUUUGGCCAACCAAGAGUUGUUGGAGAGGUUGUUUAGUGGAACUAGAAUAGGAGUUCAAGAUGGAUGGUCGGUUGGAAGUGGUCCUGAUGUGUAUCGUCCUCAGCAUGGAUAUGAUAAUGACAUGGAGUUCCAAACAAAUACAUCAAAUCAAGCCGAAGAUUUUGGAGGAUGA